GUCAGAGCCGCGGACAUGCCGCUUCUACGCCGAGCUGCAUGCAAUUCUAGGGGGGGCUGCCACCACUACCCCACCUGUGAUCGUGGAUUCUGGGUCGGGGAUAGUCUCAUCAGCGACGCCUGAGGAUUCUGCCGAUGGGGGAGAGGAGGAGGAGGAGGAUGAGGAUGAGCUUGCAGAGAGCACACAGCACUCCGUUCUCCCCAACAGCCAGGAUCUUUUUCUCACCCUGACUGAAGUACCCUCCCAAGCCAGUACCCAAGACUCUGACCCCAUGGAAGGGACCUCAGCAGCUGCAAAUUCCUCAAGCCUCCCUCCUCCAUCCCGAAGGUUAUCACAGAUAAGGCGUCGUAAGAAGAGAACGCGAGACGAGAUGUUUUCUGAAAUUAUGGAAUCCAGCUGCAGUGACAGAGCUCAUCUGAAUGAGUGGAAGGAAACAGUUUCAAAGUAUAGGAAAGAAGCCAGUGAACGUGAGGACAGGAGGGACCAACGUGAGGACAGGAGGGACCAACGUGAGGAGAGGAGAGACGCUCGAGAUGAGAGGUGGCGGCAGGAAGACCAGAGGAGGCAGGAUGCAACGCUGGGGCUGCUGCGUGAGCAAACAGACAUGCUCCGGCGUCUGGUGGAGCUUCAGGAACGGCUGCUGGAAAACAGACUGCCGCUUCAGCCCCUGUUCCACCCUCCCCCCUCCCCAUGUUCCGUAUCCUCCUCACCCAGACGUGUAAGAACACGGGGGGGGAGGCUCCGUACACCUUCCCAUUCCACCCCAGUAGACAGCCCAAGCAAAAGGCUGUCAUUUUUUUAACCUUUUCUUUGUGGCUUUUUCCUUCCCAGCAAUCCUCCUCCCAAAUACCACCCGGGUUCCCUCCCUCUUUUUCUAAUCUAUUAAUAAAGAAUAAAUGAUUUUUAAAUGAUAGUGACUUUAUUUGGUUUGAAAGAAAGCUGGGGGAAGGGGGAGGGUGGGUUCCUUACAGAAAAUGAGUCAAUAAAGGGGGCGGGUUUUCAUGAAGGAGAAACAAACAGAUAUUUCACACUGUAGCCUGGCCAGUCAUGAAACUGGUUUUUAAAGCUUCUCUGAUGCACAGCGCUUCCUGGUGUGCUCUUCUAAUCGCCCUGGUAUCUGGCUGCGCGUAAUCAGCAGCCAGGCGAUUUGCCUCAGCCUCCCACCCCGCCAUAAAGGUCUCCCCCUUACUUUCACAGAGAUUGUGGAGCACACAGCAAGCAGAAAUAACAAUGGGGAGAUUUCUUUGGCUGAGGUCAGAGCGAGUCAAUAAUGAUCGCCAGCGACCUUUUAAACGGCCAAAUGCACAUUCUACCACCAUUCUGCACUUGCUUAGCCUGUAGUUAAACAGCUCCUGACUCCUGUCCAGGCUGCCUGUGUACGGCUUCAUGAGCCAUGGCAUUAAGGGGUAGGCGGGGUCCCCAAGAAUAACUAUUGGCAUUUCAACAUCCCCAACGGUUAUUUUCUGGUCCGGAAAGUAAGUCCC